AUGAGACCACGUAGUACCCAAGCUGUUCUGGCGGCAUCGUUUGCAGCUGCAGGAAGCUGUCAUGAUACAUACUGCCAGCAGAACCUUAACCUCAGCACCGUUUCAUGGACCGUCUCGAACCCCAAUGGUAGUGUUUCGGUUCCUGGAAAAUUCCCCUCGCAAGCCCAUAUCGAUCUCUACGCGGCGGGAGUAAUCCCUUGGCCUCUAUACGGCCUCGGCGACUUUGACCUCCGAUGGGUCGCUUAUUCGAAUUGGACGUACACGUCGGAGGCAUUGAAGGGACUGAGGCAAGAUGCUGAUUCGACAUGGCUACUCUUUAACGGGCUGGACACGUUUGCAAGCAUUGAGUUCUGCGGUAAACAUGUUGCGGCCACCAACAACCAAUUCCGACAAUACUAUUUCGACGUUACUAGCCUCUUGAAGGAGUGCAAAAGCAACCCUGUUCUCAGCAUCAACUUUGGUAGUGCUCCUAAUAUUGCAGAUGCAAUUGCUGCAGAGCCAGGGCAAGAGACGUGGCCAUUUGGUGUUGAAAUUAACUACGAGUUUCUUAACCGCCAGUUCAUCCGAAAAGAGCAGAGCGAUUUCGGCUGGGAUUGGGGCCCAGCUUUUGCUCCGGUGGGACCCUGGUUGCCAGGAUCUAUUGUUCAACUCGCCGCUUCGGAAUUUCAUAUUCGAAAUUCCCUCGUAGACAUCUACCGCGAGGGUCAGCUCAAUUUGCUGCCGCCGGACCAGUCUCGCGACUGGGUCGUAAAAACGAGCUUGGAUGUUUUCGGGAAACUUCCUUCGGACGCUUCGUUGACGUAUAGUCUCCAAGAUGCCAGCGGCAAGACAGUUGGCGAGGGCAGAUUCGAGAACGUUACAUCUGACAGCAGUACGAUCACCGGAAGCGUGGUCAUUCCAGCGGAUUCAGUUAACCUUUGGUGGCCUGUGGGAAUGGGUCCACAGACGUUGUACAGUCUGAAAAUUGCUGUUGACAGCAAUGGUAGGACGGUCAACGAGGUCACCAAGCGUGUUGGUUUCCGAACGAUCGUCUCGAACCAAGGGCCUAUCACCCAAGAGCAGCUCGACAUGGGCAUCGCACCAGGCAACAACUGGCAUUUCGAGAUCAACGGGCAUGAGUUCUAUGCCAAAGGUUCAAACCUCAUUCCUCCGGACGUUUUCUGGGCCAAUGUUACCGAAGCUCGGAUAAAACAAUUGUUCGAUUCUGUCGUCAUCGGAAAUCAGAAUAUGCUUCGAGUUUGGUCGUCCGGAGCUUACUCACCCGACUUCAUGUAUGACCUUGCGGAUGAGAUGGGAAUUCUGCUAUGGAGCGAAUUCGAGUUCGGAGAUGCCCUUUACCCAGUUGAAAAAGAGUUCCUUGACAACGUGAAAGAUGAAGUAUACUACCAAGUCCGACGGAUCAAUCACCAUCCUUCACUUGCCUACUGGGCCGGUGGCAACGAACUCGAGAACCUAGAGUUGUAUGUUGUCGAAAAUGCUGCUCCGAAAGAGCUAGAUCGGUACACGGCCGAAUACGAGACUCUGUUUCUUGACACGAUUGUGCCUAUUCUUUUCGGAAACUCGAGGAGUAUUUCGUACUCUCCCAGCAGUACAAGCAAUGGAUACCUGGAGUUGGACUUUUCGCUGCCUCAGCCGAUAACCGAAAGAUAUAACAACAAAACCCCUGGCUCGAUUUAUGGCGAAACAGACCACUACGACUAUGACUCCACAGUAGCCUUCGACAUAUCGUCGUAUCCAAUUGGACGAUUCGCAAAUGAGUUUGGUUUCCAUUCGAUGCCAUCCUUAGAGAGUUGGCAGCAGCAGAUUGACCCCGCCGACCUCUACUUCAACUCCUCCACGAUCGUACUGAGGAACCAUCAUUAUCCACCUAUGAAUACCAAUACAUCAAACUAUGCAAACAGUACCAAAGGCAUGGUUGAGAUGACCCUAGCCGUCGAGCGAUGGUAUCCGGCGCCUCAGAAGGAAGACCCAAUCGCCAACUUUUCCGCCUGGUGCCACGCAACGCAGAUAUUCCAAGCCGAUUACUACAGCUCGCAGAUUCAGUACUACCGCAGCGGAAGUGGACGGCGUGAGAGGCAACUUGGAUCGCUGUACUGGCAGCUGGAGGAUCAAUGGCAAGCACCAACCUGGGCCGGGAUUGAAUAUGAUGGGCGAUGGAAAGUCCUCCAUUAUGUUGCAAGAGACAUCUACCAGCCAGUCAUCGUCUCGCCGUUCUUCAACGCGACGACGAAGGAUUUUGAGGUCUGGGUUACCUCCGAUCUUUGGUCUUCAGUCAAAGGCGCCGUCAACCUGACAUGGUACGAUUGGUCUGGAAAGCGCCUGGACAUCGCCACGCCUGUCACUCUGCCAGUGACAGUCGGCGCAAUCAACUCAACCAAAGUCCUCCAAACCAACACGAACGACAUCCUCAAAAACCACGAUCCUCUAGACGUCGUCCUCGCCAUGUCCGUUUCAGUCGAAGGCCAACUCCCUAGCUCGAAUACCACCCAAACUCUCACCCACACGAACUGGUUCCACGCUGCGCCCUUAUCCGUCGCUCACAUUGUCGAUCCCGGCCUCAAAAUCACCCCCGGCAAGGACAGCUUCACCAUCGAGGCCACCACGGGCGUCGCUGCCUGGGUCUGGCUUGACCACUCCGCAGGCGUGAUGGGGUAUUUCGACUCCAAUGCAUUCUGGCUCGCUCCAGGAGAAAAGAAGGAGGUUGGGUUCACGGUGACGGGCGGCGAGUGGAUCGAUGGGACAACGGUGCAGAGCCUAUGGGACUUGACGCUCCCUUGA